AUGGGCGAACUGUUGCACACCAAGUCCAUCUGUGGUCAUUGUGUCAGUGUAAAACGACAAGACAUGAGAAUCCACAGUGGGGAGAAACCUUAUGAAUGCAAGCAAUGUGGAAAGACAUUCAGGCUGAGAUCCAGUCUUGCUGGACAUCAGAAUAUCCACACUGGAGAGAAACCUUAUGAAUGCAAGCAAUGUGAAAAGACAUUCAGUCAGGCCUCCCAUCUUUCAGUACAUAAGAGAAUUCACACUGGGAAGAAACCUUAUGAUUGCAAGCAUUGUGGAAAGACAUUCAGAAACAGUUCCAGUCUUGUUGUACAUCAAAGAAUCCAUACUGGGGAGAAACCUUAUGAAUGCAAGCAGUGUGGAAAGCUAUUCAGAAAUAGUUCUAGUCUUGCAGCACAUCAGAGAAUCCACACUGGGGUGAAACCUUAUGAAUGCAAGCAAUGUGGAAAGACUUUCAGAAACAGCUCUAGUCUUGCUCGACACCAGAGAAUCCACACUGGGGAGAAACCUUAUGAAUGCAAACAAUGUGGAAAGACAUUCAGUAGGAGCUGCAGUCUUGCUUUACACCAGAGAAUUCAUACUGGGGAGAAACCUUAUGCAUGCAAACAAUGUGGAAAGACAUUCAGCCAGAGCUCCAAUCUUGCUGUACAUCAGAGAAUCCACUCUAGUCAGAAAUCU